ACUCUCUUUUGGAGCGCUUGACAAACCACCCCUAUCAACUACAAUAGAGCGGCAAUGCGUCUCCUGAAUGCCAAAACCCUCAAAUUAGAGGAAUUCGUGGGCCAUGAGAUUCCCAAAUACGCCAUCCUGUCGCAUACCUGGGGAAAGGAUGAAGUCUCCUUUCAGGACAUGCAAACCUCAACCGUCACUGAAAGAAAAGGGUAUGCUAAAAUCGAGCAUUCAUGCGAACGAGCUCUUCAGGAAUGCAUAUAUUACGUAUGGGUCGAUACUUGCUGCAUAGAUAAGACCAACAGUGUCGAGCUUUCUGAAGCCAUUAACUCUAUGAUGGCAUGGUAUGCACAGUCCGAGGUGUGCUAUGCCUACCUCGCAGACGUGCCCCCGACAUUUGAUGACGAGGCUUGUAAAACUGCCUUUUGUCAAAGUCGAUGGUUCACUCGAGGAUGGACUCUUCAGGAGCUAAUCGCGCCAUCGAGGCUUACUUUUCUGGCUCAGGAUUGGUCCUUCCUUUUUCGCAGGGAGAGGGUUGCUCAUCUUAUUGGCAAAGUCACCGGCAUCAGUCGCUCAUUCUUAGAAGUCAGGUCUCAUUACAAAAUACUGGAUUACAAUCUGAUAUCAACAAGUAUCGCCGAAAGAAUAAGCUGGGCAUCGAAUCGUGAAACGACUCGACCAGAAGAUAUGUCAUAUUGCUUGCUGGGUAUUCUUCAAGUUAACAUGCCCCUGCUGUAUGGAGAGGGGACCUAUGCCUUUCGAAGUCUACAACAAGAGAUCAUCAAACACUCGGAUGAUCAGUCGUUGUUCGCGUGGAGCUUCAGAACACCCGACCAUGACUUGAGUCAUAAACGACCAUGGUCUAUAUCUCAGGCCUUUCUCCAGAGAAUAGUGUCUUCUUUCACAGACUAUGCAAUUCCCCCAGAAUCUUCCGGGGCGAUGGAACUAGAUGAUCUAGACAUUUCCGGGAUCCUCGCAGAGUCCCCAGCGGCAUUUCGAGGUUGUGGAGACAUAGUUCCAUGUGAUGUCAAGAAGCCGACCCCUCCUUUUGCAAUGACCAAUAAGGGCCUAGGUAUAGAACUGCCAAUCCUUCAGCUCUGGGAUGGCUGCUUCGCUCUCCUUCAGUGCCAAACGAAAACAGACCCUACUAGGCUAAUAGCCGUGCCAUUACGGAAGAUUCACGAUACCUACUGCCGAUCGAAACGAGGGAACUACGUGGCCGAUCAUGCGGCCUGGUUUAGAUGGCCGCGUGCUCAGAUCUAUAUUUUCCCUGAUACUUUUGCAACCUAUGCAGGCCUCAUGAAUCGCCCUGGCUAUUCUGUCGUUAUCGGAAGCCUUCCGCCCAAUCUUCGAAUAGUCGAAAUACUUCCAUCUAAUUCAGGCCGGCAGCCUAAGUCAAGGCUUAUUUUUACGAAAUCCGUAAAAGACCCUAAAUAUAAAAACAACAAUGUUUUUGUUUCGCUUCAGGACAUGGGUGGCAGUGGCCUUUGUUUCAUAUUGGCUGUGAGGGUGAUAAAGCCCCGCCGGAGGUACGGCCCCGAUGGAGAGGAUACCGUCAUACCUUACCUGUUCCUUCCUCCUCCGCAUAAUGACAGUCCAACAUUCGAGGACUUAGAGGAUGCAUUGAGACAUCAAGAUUUAGCAACAGAGUUCUCGAUCCCGUAUUCCAUCAAUAUGAGAACACAGACCAUGUUUCGGGGGGCCCUUCACAUCAUCGAUAUCCUACCCGAGCCCCUUGGCAGAAAAGAGACUGGUCUAGAGAUACAUAAUCUGAAAUACUGGAUACGUCUGCUACACCGGGCGUUGAUACCUGAUCCACUCAUGGAGACUGCUCAUAGAAAUUGGCUCGAUUUUUUGUGUGACCAAGGUCUACACUUUCUUCGACUGCUUGCGCUUUUACCUUUGUUCUUUACCUUUCCCUUUGACCUCUCAGUCAAGUUGUUUGUUUCACUGACCACGCCGGUAGUAUCACAUAUUAUUUCCUAUGAACGCUGCCUGACGACUACCAGCUAUCAACUUCGUCUUGCACUUGUCGUUCACAAAAUUCUUCGGACAGCUCUGGCUAAUACAUCAAGCUUCGCAGCAGUUGUUUCAACAAUCUAUUUGCUACUGAACAACCCCUCUGACUUACGCGGAAUUUACGUCAGACUUAUGAAGUACUCACGUUCGAGGAGUAUCAUAAAGGUGUUCUUGCUGUACAUGAUCUGCAAAUGUAUACCAUCCAAGACUCUCCUCUCUCUUGCUGGUGAAGAGGGAGCCUAUCAUGAAGAUUGAACACCGAUCUUGUCUAAUAAUCUUCUAGCUGUUCUUUUCUUUUCCUUUUCAUUUUCAUCUUAUUAUUUUCUAUUUUUUGUUUUUUGUUUUUUAUUUUUGAGCUGCACAGUAGAUGUCUAUCAACCUUGAAUAACAUCGAUAGCCUUU